GGACUUCCUGGUUAGCCUCUUUAUCUGCCAGAUCCAUGGCCAACUUGCUCUCUUUCUUCAGGCCACAGAAGACAAACCGUCUCACAACGGAGUGGUCACUGCAAGAUGAGCUUCACAUCCCAGUACUUCUUCUCAACCCAGACUCUCUUAGGGGCAUCUAGUACCUUUCAGUUCUUCUUCUCUGAGGCACUCAUGGGUCAGCACUUCCAGGAGGUGGAGUUAGAGAACUGCGAGCCUCAGCCUGGAGACCUGUUCCUGUUCAAGUUGAGGACCCCUAAGGCACAGUGGUGCGGGGCCCAUGUGGGCGUUUAUUGCGGCCAUGGAGAGAUCAUACAUUUUGAGGGCAGGACCUCCAACCACAGUGGAAUACAAACGCUUCUGGGUUACUGUGAGGGUGUCGUGUGUAAACAGGGACACCGAGCUCUGCAGCGCUCCCGACAGCUCUGGCGUGUGCUACGCAGACGCGGUGGUGUUGACCCUAGGGUGCUGGAGAGCCGAGUUCGAGAAGCUAUGUACAAUGAUCCUCCUCCCUACCAUCCUGCUAGCAGCAACUGCGUGCACUUUGCACUGAACCUGUUGGGCAUGGACUCAAUGCCAACGGACAGGAACCUAACCAGGGAUUAAUGUGACCUUGAGUCCUUCUGAAUGGGCCAAGAAGUUUCAGAAAGGAUCAUUAAAAUAUUUUCCCAAACG